AGGGCGCAGAUGGAGAGGGAGAAGGAGCUGGCCGUGGAGGAGGCCUGCGAGGCCCUGCGGACCCGGGUCCUGAGAGAGGCGGCGGAGAUCGGGCGGAGGGAGAAGGAAGCCCUCCGGGCCGAGGCUCAGGAGAGACUGACGCAGCACGUGCAGGAGGUGGAGAGGAGGGUGAGGGGGGAGUGUGAGACGGAGGCACGGAGGGACAGACAGACGCUGCAGGACAGACACACACACGCGCUGAACCAGCUGCACGUCAGAAUCGAGCAGCUGCAAGACCGUUUGGACUGUGUCACCAGGGAGAAGAUGCAAUAUGAGACAGAGUUUAAGAAGGUGCAGUGCAGUUACAGGCAGUUUGUUGACCUCACUGACUCCUCCCUCCACUCGGACUACCUGCUGAAGCUGCGUCGCCUGGGCCGGGAGCCGGGCCUGACCGAAGCCGAGGUCCAGACUGAUGACAUCAUCACCGUGCGCCCAACUCCCUGGCCUCUCUCCCAUAGGAAACUGCACUAAGCUCAGAGAGGCCCAUAUAGCCACACAGGGUCUUCUGUUGCUUAUUCAGAAUUGUUUUUUAGCACUGGUGCUUGCCAUGACAUAUUAUUAUUAUCAUUAUUAUUAUUAUUAUUAUUAUCCUGACAAUGUAUCAUCUGUUAUCAGUCAUCAUGGGAUAGUGUGAUAACUUUGGGCACUAAUUUUGAUGCAUCUUUCUUCCAAAUGUCUGUUUUGCUUAGGUUGUGUAUGUACCCUUUUGUUGGUGAAUGGGUCAUAAUUGAUUCAAUAAAGAGUUGCAUUAUCUUAAGGUGAAAUUGUAAA